UCGAACGGAAAGGUGGAGAAUGCAGUAAAAACUACUAAGCGUCUGAUGGCGAAAGCCAGGCAGUCAGGGGGCGAUCCGUGGCUUGCUUUCCUCGAGUUCCGAAAUACUCCCAGCCAAGGGUUCGCGACCAGUCCGGCACAACGUCUCAUGAACCGGCGCACUAAAACUCUGUUGCCUAUGUCGGAAUCUCUACUCGUCCCCAGUGAAUGUCCGGACGAAUCGGCCCAGCGAGCACACCACAAAGCUCAGCAAGCCCGUUAUUACAACCAGGGCGCCACAGACCUUCUUCCUCUGCAGCCCGGAGACAUUGUCCGUAUCCAACCACGCCCCUCAUCGUCCACAUGGCAGAAAGGCACCGUCCAAAAGGAGGUGGGCAUAAGAUCGUAUCAGGUCAAAGCGGAUGGAGAUACAGGUGGAACAUACGUUCGCAAUCGUCGACAUCUGAGGCGAUCCCACGAAGUCACUACGGAAAAACACCCUCUCCAGACUCAAGUCUCAGAACAACGAAAUGCAGAAUCCACAGCUACAAGGAAACAAUCAGCCGGCCAGUCGUCGUGUCAUACCACGCGGAGCGGUCGAAUGGUGAAGCCCCCCCAAGUAUUUGGAUGAUUACACCACCUAGAUAGAUAACUGUAGCUAAAACAGUACAGGUUGUAGUUAAUAUUAAUGACUCCUAGAUAAGAGUUGCCAGUGAUUGACGGAAGGAGAUUGCCAAGCCAUAAACGGAAAAGUUUUUUUUAGUUUUUUUUGUUUUAAUCAAGGGGAGAUGUAAGGGGGUUGAUAUUAAUUCUACGUUACGCGGGCACAGCCAGUAGCAGACUACCACAGUGGACAGUGUACAUCCCCAUCGGCAUCCUGAUACAAACGUCUGUAGUAUUUCGUCGACUAACUUCUCUCUAGGCUAUGCAACGGAGCCACUAAACUUCUGAGAGUUCGAUACGUACGAGCUGCAAUCACGCUUAAUAGAACAGCU